AUAAUACAUUUUUUUUCUAACAGCAAACAGCAGAUCAUACUUGGUGCUUUCUGUAAAAUUAUUUAUCUGUUAUUUAAAUCACUGACAACAACAGCCAAUCAGCGCACAUGUCACAUCAGCAAUAUCAAAUCAACUUUAAGAACCGUAAAAAAAAUCCGCGUAGAAUCACAAGUUUUGAUACCAACUGACCAAAAUAAACUAGAAUUUUUCUCUAGGAUAAUUCACCUGACAAUUGAUGGUUAUAUUUUACAUAAUAACCAAUAUUUAAUAUUAAUUUCUACUGUAAAUAUUACUGUAAUGGCUUAUUUAUCAAGGUGUCAAAUUGGAAGGACUCUUCCAACUUUAGCGAAAUUAAUUGGACCCAAUCGAGUGAUCGUCCAAAGAAAUGUUGCUCCAGCUGCUGUCAGAGUUUAUAGCUCGACAUCUUUUACCAAAAAUGUCGCUAGAUUAUCCUUGCAAAGUAUUAACCAAUUGAAGAAAUUUCCAGGUACUGUAAGUGCUUUUGCUAGUCAGAUACGUUCAUCAAGCACUCAUGAUCACGUUCGAUUGUGGCAAUUAGAGAGAGUAGCUUCAGCAGCAUUUAUUAUUUUGUUCCCAGCUUCAGUUGUUGGUCCAGUUUUACCAAAAAUUCUGAUGGGUCUGUUGUACGCUCUCUCUGUGGCGACAUUGGCUGGCCUUGGAGCUCUAAUUUACAACGGACCAGGCGUCAGUGGAUCCGUGAAGAAGAUCUGGGAGAUGGGAAAUAAGUAA